GAGCUCUGCAUUGGGUGCUGUUCUUAGCUCACUCUGCCCAGCACACCGUUCCUUAAUCUACCAGAUCCUCAAGCUGGCACGCCAGGAAAAAUUGCUGUCUUUGCUUAAUCGCAGACCUGCAGGUCAAACUGAAUCUUACUGCUGUCACUGUGGUGUAAACCCACAGGAUAAUGUUACUCCUCAUGCAGUCGCACUUAGUGAAUGUAAAGCCCACAACAACAGCCAAUACCACCCUUUAAUGGAUUGUGAUCAUCAAGGUCAUGGCAGCACAAUAUACCAUCCAGGAGACUCCAAGUCAAAUUGUAGCAUCCAUCUCUACCCUUUAAAAGACUGUAAAAGUGAAGGUUCUCUGGGCUCAAGCUACUGCUGUGUGCAGAGGUGCAGGAUGGAAACCUACACUGUUCUGUGCCCCAAGAGGCUGCACUGCAUUUCCUGCCAAAGCCUGGCUGUAGGUCAUAUGAACAAUAUAGUGUGUUCAUUUACAUCCUCUCCUCCAUUAUCCAAAUCCCCUUCACUGUGCUCUCCCUCUAGUUUAUGCCCUUCCUCAUCGAUCUGCUGUAACCAACACAACCCCCACUCUUGUCCCUGUUAUUCAAACCAUGCCUGUCUCAUGCAGGUCAGGAACACAAUAGAGAGAGAGGUUGUAGAUGGGGAUCCUCCUUGUCCUGUCUUAAAGAGAGAGCAGAGCCCCUCACCUCCCCCUCUUUCCCCGAUCCCCUCAGACAUCGGUAAGAAAAGUGAUGAAAAACCACCCUCCCUCCGUCAUCAUAGACAAGAGGAGGAAACUGACCUAAUGGUUGAAAAUGGUCUAGUGAAUGCAAGCCACCACGAAGCAGACAUAGAUACAGCUACAGAAGAGGAGCUACAGUGUAAAAGCGGUCCAGCUGAGCAGAACCCAAGCGGGACUUUACUGCAAGACGUCGUGAAUCGCUUCAGUGAGAGACUAGAGACAAUCAAACCUCUAGAGAAGGAACCACCGCUGGUUUCAACAACAGUUAAUGUUUCUGAAAAGGAGCAGCUGCAGUCUCCCUCAACCAGUCAGAACCUGCAGUCUCCUCCUGAUGCCCAGCUGACUGAAAUCAUCACCAAAGUGCUUCACAAAGGCAACGGUAGUGACUACAAUCUCAGUGAGCUGUUCAAUCGCCAUGAUAGCAAAGAGCCCAAGUCACCUAACACUCGCUCCCGACGUCGCCAGGAAGUCCUUGCUGCCAUAGCAACACCUGCUGAUGACUCUUCAACCAGAAGGCAUACCUUACAAAUUAAACGGGAGCUUGCCAUGCUUGACCAAUCCUGCAAUAGGAGAAAGGUGCCACCAGCCAAGAAGGCAAAGUUGAACGAUGGGAAUGUUACUAUAACUACAUCAUGCACUUCAUCAGACUCAAACCAAGUUAAAGGGGAGUCAAAAAGAGAAAUUGAGGUAGGUGUAGAACCUGUAGAGGAUCAUAGAGUUGGGGAGGGACCACUGAACAUGCCCUCUGCAGAAAGUGACAGGGAUGAAGUAAAAGAUGAGAUACAGACAGUUAUAGUAACAGAAGAUGUUCAGAUCCUUAAAGCAGAGGAGAAAGAAAGGGAAAUAUCCCUUAGUGAGGAACAAUAUCUUACUCUCUCAGGCACUCAAAUACCCAACCCUGAAAUGCAGAGCAUGUAUGGCAAACAAGACUCAAAAGAUCCCAGUGUACAAACGGAAACACAGGCAAUGACAGCGGCUAUAACCUCAGCAAAACAGUGUGGCAGGCCCCUUAGGGAAGGUGGGAAGGUUAGCAGUGCUGGAAGUGAUAAGAGCCACAAAGAACCUCAAUCAGGUCAAAGCUCUGACAGUGACAAUAGACCCAGUAAAGGUAAAGGUGGCCGUAGUCCUAUUCGAGAGAGGCAGAAUUCUCAAUUGACCCGCUCAGAAAAGGCAAGGAGAUCGAGGAGAAGCAUAGUCCCUCCACACCGGUUCUCCUCCUAUGUCACAGAACCCAGGAAGAUGUUCUUUGUUGCGUGUUUCUCUGAAAGCAUCUUUAACCAGAGAGCCCGUAAGGACAAGGUUUUGACAUCUGGCACCUUGAAUAAAGAUCCAGAAGAUAAGGACAGCCAACUUGAAUCAAGAAACAAAGCUCCUCUGUCCUCACCUGAGCACACAGGGGAGCUUGCCUUUGGAUUGGCACAGAGAGAACAAUGUGGACCAUCUCACACAGAGUCAAACACUGUGGCUGCCAAAGAAAAGAGCCCUACAAAACAAAGCUCAGACAUCAGGACAGAUGACAGCGACUCUGCUGCCAAUCCUGUAAGAAGGCUACGAUCAUCUCCAAAAAGACUACAGGUCUCAAAGACAGGCUUCAAGAAUGCCCAAAAAUUCUUCAAAUAGCAAUUUCACAAUGGACUCUGCUCCUUGUGUUGAGAAAACUCCCAACUCUCAAGUCCAGUACACUAGUCCAAUUAAGCUCAUGUUUGUAUCACCAGUAAAGGAUAAGGAAGGAGUCAGAUAUAGUCUCAAAUCAGCAGGCUCUGGUUCUAGCACACAAGCAGAGGAACCCUUUGACCCAUGUGAAGUGUCAUCAUGGUCAGGGACACCUGAGAAACACAAAAACCAGAACACCAGGUCUCCUACUACAAAAGUAAAAUCUAUUUUGUCACCACUAAAGUCUCCUACCUCACCCACAAGAUCUGCUUGUUCACCGACCAAGUCAGCGUCCCCGCCAGCCAAGUCAGCUUCCUCAUCACCCAAGUCAGCUUCCUCAACACCCAGGUCUGCCUCCUCAACACCCAAGUCGGUUUCUUCACCAAGCAAGUCUGUGUCCUCACCACCCAAGUCUGCAUCUUCACCCUGCAAGUCCACAUCUUCGCAAAGAAAAUCUGUGUCUUCACCACCCAAGUCUGCAUCUUCACCACGCAAGUUAGCUUCUUCACCAAGCAAAUCUGUGUCUUCACCACCCAAGUCUGCAUCUUCAACACACAAGUCAGCUUCUUUGCCAAACAAAUCUGUGUCCUCACCGCACAAGUCACCUUCUUCACCAAGCAAGUCUGUCUCCUCACCACCCAAGUCUGCAUCUUCACCACACAAAUCAGCUUCUUCACCAAGCAAGUCUACACCUUCAUCAUCCAAGUCUGCCUCUUCACCCAAGUCAGCUUCCUCGUCACCUAAAAUAGGUUCCAGAAGAUCAGGCGAAGGUACUCCAACUAAACGUGUGGCUGGAGCUGAGAGCCAGAGAUCACCAUGUGACAUACUAUCUUUUCAUGAAUCCACUCCUCCAAAAAGGCGUCCGGGCCGGCCAAAGAAGCUGGGACCACAGCUGGAGCAAAAAGUGAAGAGGCCAAUUGGUCGGCCACGCAAGCCAAAGGCCAUGGAUACAGUAAGUGAAGCAAAAACGUUAAGUGGAAAAUCUGUUUUAGCAUCUGAUGCUGAGGAGAAUGUCAACAAGAACCUCAAAAUAACAGUCGUAUAUGGCCGUUCAAGGAGAAACAAGCGAAUGGUGUCAGAGGGCUUUGACCAGCUACAAACAGAAUUCCAUGAUGCUUGGCAAGCUGUGGGCCUUAAAAGUGACUUGGGCAUUUUAAUGCACAACUCUAAGACCAGCUCAGGUAGUAUCGAAACCACCUCAACAGAAUUAUCAGACGAGUUCAGUUUUGUCAGCCCUGUGAAAGAGUCUGCCCCUCAGUCUAGCAGUAACAUUAAAUGUCAGAAGCGGGAUGACUCUGUGCCCUCAAGGAAACCAGGUAGACCUGCAAAAGUUAAAAUCUCUGGAAUCUCAGUCACAGUAACCACAGUGUCACCUCGACAACGCAAAAUUCAGAUAAAUAAGGAUACUCGGAAGUCUCCUGAAACACUAAUUCAUAAGCAAGUACUUCUGCCAGAAUUCAAAUCUGCCAAAGAGCCCUGGACAAUCAGCCAUCAGUCAACAAAAAAAAGCAGUCAAACUGAGAAAGGGAUAGAAACAAAGGACGAAAGUAAAGACAAACUGACAAAUCAGGCUGUAGCAGUGCGUCAGUCAAUGAGAGUGAGAAAGCCCUCAAUCCACUUUCUGCACGCUGUUGCCACCUCCACCUCUCGAUCAUACAGCCACAGUAGUGCUCUGCUAAAGCGCUCUAAACAACUUCUGCUUAACAAGGCCAACAAUGAAAGGAAAAAGGAGGAGCAAAAGAGCUGUGUUGAAACUUCAGCUGGGAAAAGACAGCUCUUUGGACAAGACAAGAGGAAGAACAUUUCUCAGGACCUGAGCAGAGUGGCAGGGGUAUCUGUAGAUUCAAUCUUUACCCCAAAAGAGACACUAAGGUGGUGGCCAGCAUCUGCUGAGAAAAAGACAAUGAACCAGGAGCUUGCCAGGCGAAUUCGACUUAUCUCUGACACCUGGGUCUCAGACACUGUGGAGAAUCAAGAGAAAGAAAUUGCCCUCAAUUCUAAAUUAGGCACAAAAGGCAACAAUUCAUUAACAAGGAAGUCGAAACAUUCCUCUGUGGUUCGAACACUGUUUGAUUGUCCUCCUAACAAACCAAGGUCCUGUAGCAUGCAGCAGCUCUGCUCCUGGUUUAUGCAGACCACUGAGACACAGUCACUAGCUAUUGUCAAGAAGGCAAGCUCCCGCAAUCCUUACGAACUUAUGCACUUCCCUCGUUCUGCCAAUAAGAAAAGUGUUUGCAACAGUCCUCAGGCAGAGCGACUCCGUAAACACAUCAAGAAGUUUGCCAAAACUGUGCCAAAAAGUCCUUUGCAACAUCAGCAGGCUCAAAGAAGGUUGAGGAAGAAGAAAAAGGCACAUAAUAUUAGGCGACGACUUUUCACUCCCAGGUUUGCAACAGGCAGGCUUGAUCAAGGAGUCCAAUCAUGGAGAAGCAGAGCAUUUAGAAAAUACCAGGCCACCGUAUUUAGAGCCAGGACAAGGUUCCUAACCCGGAAAGAAAGGGUUAGGUGGCAAAAGAGGCAGCGGAAUAAGAAAAACACAAACAUGGCUACAAGUUGUUCAAAUGGACAUACAGUAACUGGACUACAACCAAAACGAAAAGCAUUAGACAGAUCAGCAAAGGAUCAGUUAUCUGAAGGUUUGGAGAACAUUUCUGCCACCACUUCUGUUGACCAAACUCAGGAGCCUGUGGACGUACCCAAAGAGCAGAACCUCUGCUCAAAAGCCUGGAGUGAUGAGACACUGAAGGAAUGCCGGGUAUUUCUGAGGAAGAUCAACUCUCCAAACAAUGAAUCAACUGAGGAAGAAGACUCCUGUACUGUGACACUGGAUGAUGGGUCACCCUCUGCAUACCUAUUUGCAGGAAGGGAGAGAGAACUGGUAGGAGUUGUUAAAGCUGUGAAAACUGAAAGAAAAAGGAGGACUGCCUCCAAGAGAGCUGGCAGGUUCUGCACCUAAAUCAGUCCAGGAGCAGGAUGAGAUGCCAGUGCUGAGACAGAAAUGCAAAUACAAAAGUCCUGGGGUUGUGUCUACUGAACCAACGCAACCACCACCACCAGCGAAAAUGUUGAGACAAUCGCGAAUGAGGGGCCUAACCGGGCCGAGAUGGUGCGACUUUGUGUUUGGAAACUAAAUGAAGCAUAAGGCCUCCUUAUCCCUGGGAAAGGGACUGUGGUUUAACGUGGUGCCUUUGGACAUUGAGCUGACCACGUGGACUGACCAUCCCGCUAUGGUUCAGUCUUACACUCAGCAAUUAUGUAGCAGUCUAACUUAACAAAAGCUUGAUGUUGCACUAUUUUUAUCCAUGGAUAUGUAUGUACAGAAUGUCUGAUUUUUUUUUUUUUUGUCAACUUGCCUUUGUCUUUCUGAACAUGUUUAGUAGAUCAAAUCAUCACAGUUUUAAUGGGAUAAGUGCUUACACAGCUAGCACUGUAGAGUGGCUGUAUCGAAAGGAAAGACAGAGUUUGACUGCAUUAAGACAGCGUCAAACCCUCCCCCAUCCAAAAAACAUACCUCAUUAUCAAGGCCACCACCUCCAGAUAAUCUGAAACCAGUAAUAAUUUUUAAUAACUUAAGUAAUUGUUAUUGUAUGGCUCUAAAAUCUCCUUCCAAAUUUAGCUUUUAUUUAUCAUCAUCCUUACUUGGCACUGUUCAAAUUUCAAGUUUUGGGUUUUAAAAAUGUAUAUUUAAAUUUAAUGACAUUCUCUCAAGCCGAGCCUUGUUUGCUAGUCACUGUUGUAUUGCAAGCCAGUAGCCAAAAACAUGCUUUGAAUGAAGGAAUCCCCCCCACCCCAGCUGUCACACGUGUAUGGGCCCUCUAAAAUCCUUUAUUGAAAUUAUUUUAGGUCAUUAUUUCUUUAUAAAUUUCAGUAUUUGUCUCAGCACCAAACCACAAUUAGCACAAUUACACAUGUUCUACACACUCGGCCCCAACAAGCCACAAAAUCCAGAGGUAUAUGUGAAGUGAAGAAAAGUGGCAUUAUGCAGUUGUAGAAAGUAGAUUCUGAUUCAUGUGUUAGUUCGUGGGAUCUGACUUGUUUUUAAAUCAUCUGUCUUUAUGUGAUUGUCUUCUUGUUUUCACCCAAAGCAUAUACUGUACGUCGGCGUCAGAUCUACUUCUUGCACUAUUCCAUUUGAGAUUAUUAAUCCCACUACGCAGAUUCCUCCCCCCAGAUUUUGCACAUCCCAUGUCCCACUACCAACCCCUACUGUAAAACUUAUAGAAUCUAUGUGGUGCAAUACAAACCCAGAUGAUUUAUCAGUAUGUAGUAAUUAUUUUAUUGCUGACAGACGAAUGGAUGUACACAAGUACCAAUGGCCUGGGAUGUUACUUCAGUUGUUUCCAUAGCCAUGUAAUGUGAUCUUUAAAGGAUGUUGCUAUACAAACUUUUUUUUAAACCCACCUGCUUUGUUCUCCUUGACAGAUCCUUAAUUAUUAAAAUAGCAUUAAAUUGUUUUUAUCAGAAACAUGAUAGCAUUAUUUACUGUUGCAGGUGGGAGAUGUGUUGCUGUUAAGGUUUCCUUAGUUCCUGUUGUGUUUUUAUUUUUGUUUUCCUCCUCCCUCAAGUUGCAGCAAGACGCCUACCUCCACUGGGGCUCAGCUAAACCUACUGCUCUUUUGCUUAUCAACCGUGUGAUAGACAUGGCCAGAGAGUUGAUCGUUAAACACUAAUCUUGGAUCAGUAUCAUGUUAGAUCCAAGAUGUCUGGCUGUAGGUCAAAACUUAAACCUGUAGUGUGUGUAUUGUGUGCCUGACUACCCCCCUUGUAUGUAUGUAUGUAUGUCACUAUGGUUGCCAUUUCAACAGGAAGGGAGAUGGGAUGGCCCAGUCAUGUGUUAAAUAACCCUUGGCCCUCUGUUGAAGAACCUGGUGCUAAACAUCUGUUGUAUAUUUUCUUUAUCAUGUGUUUUUAUACUGUCCAUUACAGAUGCAACAAACAGGUGUCUGUAAUUGGAACAAUAAAGAGUCUUUUGAAAUAA